GUAGCUUCCGAUGAAGUCGGCUCUUGGGAUGACGCGACUGAACUCAGACUUCGUGAAGGCCAGAAUGGUUCCAGGGAUAACGGUGACAGAAACAAAUUUGGGACUCGAAAGCCGCCGUCUCCGGCGGUGUUCGAGCAUCGCAUCGUUGAGGGCGAGACGUUGCAGGGCCUCGCACUCCGCUACGGUUGCACGGUUGGUGCCUUGCGACACUUGAACAACCUGCUAAGUGACCAGGACUUCUUUGCCCUCACUGUGAUCAAAGUUCCUGAUCGCAUCCACGUCGCGACCGGACAGCUUGUUGACACAAACGUGCCUGCUGAUGACACCAUCUCUGUGACCAGCGACGGUGCAGAAUCGCCACCGGACAAGGCUAUCCGCUAUUGGAAGAGCCUCGACCAUAAAGUGCAGGCAGCCCUGCAGCAACGGGGUUCGGGAGACGAUGGCAUCCAAAUCGACGAAGUGGAAGACGACUCUGUCGAUCGCCAUGUCUCGCGCUCGAAGCAGCCCGAUUCAUCGAGCGGUGCAGACUGUGGCAUAGGAUGGUGCGGGAUAAUUGUGAUUGUUGUCAUUGUCGUUGUGCUCGUGCCGUCUUUUUACGUGCUGUACAUACUCGUCUACCAAAAGGAAAUUCACGACGAAGCACAACGGCGGUUGGGUGGGAAGUGGACGGGAAAGCGGUGA